GGAAGUUACCUCGUACCGAUCCCAAAUACCGGACCGAUCAUUCGAUUCGGUAUGGUACAGUCUUUUCGGUAUUUUAUCAGUUCGGUAUUUUUCGGUUCGGUAAUCUCGGUUUUUUCGGGAAAUUUCGGUAACGGUUCGGUACGUGCUCACCCCUAGUUUAAUUUCUUAAAUGAGUAGGUUUGUAGUAGCAAUUAUGUUUGUAACUAAGAAAUCUCUAUCCGCCUUCAACCAAAACCAACAGCUCAUCGCAACAGUUGACAAAAUGCGAUCAAGAAUUUCAAUUCAUACAGGUAUUAUGAUAAACUUUCACAAAAUCAACCUCGCAUUGCUUGCAUCCAUCUACAAUUCGCAUCUGCCAAAUAUCCUCCCAGUGGUUGCAGUUGCAGAUUUCUGUCUCUCAAUUCGUCGCGCUCACAAGAUGGGGAGUUUGGGAGCGAUGUUGAAGCAUCCUGACGAUGUGUAUCCGCUGAUAAAGCUGAAGAUGGCCGCGAGGCAGGCGGAGAAGCAGAUCCCCUCGCAGCCUCAUUGGGGAUUCUGUUACAGCAUGCUCCUCAAGGUCUCUCGCAGCUUCUCUCUCGUCAUUCAACAGCUCCCGACCGAGCUUCGUGAUGCUGUGUGCAUUUUCUAUUUGGUUCUUAGAGCACUUGACACUGUUGAGGAUGAUACAAGCAUAGCCUCAGAGAUCAAAGUACCUAUUUUGAUUGCUUUUCAUCGUCACAUAUAUGACAGUGAAUGGCAUUUUCCAUGCGGUACAAAGGAAUACAAAGUUCUCAUGGACCAAUUCCAUCAUGUUUCUACUGCUUUUCUAGAGCUGAGGAAGAACUACCAGGAGGCAAUUGAGGACGUUACAAAGAAGAUGGGUGCAGGGAUGGCAAAAUUUAUAUGCAAGGAGGUAGAAACAGUUGAUGAUUAUGACGAAUAUUGUCAUUAUGUUGCUGGGCUUGUUGGCUUAGGCCUGUCAAAACUUUUUCAUGCUUCUGGGAAAGAAGAUUUAGCUGCAGAUCAUCUCUCCAAUUCGAUGGGUUUGUUCCUCCAGAAAACAAACAUCAUUAGAGAUUAUUUGGAGGAUAUUAAUGAGAUUCCGAAGUCGCGAAUGUUUUGGCCACGUCAAAUCUGGAGCAAAUAUGUGAACAAACUUGAGGAUUUAAAAUAUGAGGAUAACUCAGUCAAGGCGGUGCAAUGCCUGAAUGACAUGGUCACAAAUGCUUUAUCGCAUGUGGAGGAUUGCUUGACUUACAUGUCUUCUUUGCGGAAUCCUUCCAUCUUCAGAUUUUGUGCUAUUCCGCAGAUCAUGGCUAUCGGGACAUUAGCAAUGUGUUACAACAAUGUUGAAGUUUUCAGGGGAGUUGUAAAGAUGAGACGAGGUCUUACCGCUAAGGUCAUUGAUCGGACCAAGACCAUGGCUGAUGUCUAUGGUGCCUUUUUUGACUUUUCUUGUAUGCUAAAAUCAAAGGUUGACAACAAUGAUCCUAGUGCAACCAAAACCGUGAAGAGGCUUGAAGCAAUUUUGAAGACUUGCAGAGAGUCUGGAACCUUAAAUAAGAGGGGAUCUUACAUUCUGAGGAGCGAGCCCAAUCACUCUCUAGCCUUGGUGAGCAUUUGCGUUCGAUAAUGAAUACCUUUGUUUUCUAACCCCUUCAUGCAACACACAUCUUCAUUGGCUUUGGUUUUGUAUUGUAGAUUGUCCUUUUCAUCAUUCUAGCUGUUAUUGCAUACCAUUUCGGAAGACUUCCUAAUUCUGUGUAACUGAUGUUAUUUGGAGGUAAAGUGGCAUGUUGUAUUGAGCUCUCUUUUUUCCCAUAUAAAAAUAUUCGUCCAUAGUAUUCUGUAUUAUGUGUCAAGCACGAAAUCCACGUUCAGGACAUAGCCAUCAGCUGCAGAAAAGCAGCAGAAGACAGAAGCAUGUUCCUCGGUUUCUUGAAGUACGUUUUCGGUCAGGAAAAAUGUUUCAUGAGCUUGUUUUUCUUCUGCCUUUUAUUAGUACGUAGUACUCCGUAUAUUAUUGUCACAAAAUGUAAAGCAAGAUGCUAUAGUUGUGACAAGUGAAUACUCGAACACAACAUAAGAGUGAGGUUUAUCAUUGUGCUCUGUUUGUGUAAGGUUUCUAUAGAAUGAUAAUAAUACAAUGCUUAGUGUUGCUGGUUUUCAU